AUGGACACGGAUGAAAAGGUCUCGGCGCAACCUGGGUCGCUUCCACCAAUGUCCGCCGCUGCUGGAGGAGGCGCGUUCGCCACAAUCAACGUCUCGCCGUUCUUAUGGAAAACGUGGAACUUGGUGUCGAACCCUGCAAACGACGACGUCAUCUCGUGGACGGCGAACGGAAGAACGUUUACGGUGUGGAAACCAGAUUUGUUAGAGGAGAAAUAUUUGCCGGAAACGUUCAAGCACUCAAAUUUUGCAAGUUUUGUUCGACAGCUGAACAACUAUGGUUUUCGCAAGUGUCACUCGGAUAGAUUCGAAUUUGGCGUCACUGGGUUUGAGAAGAAUAAGCCGGAGCUGUUGACGACGCUAAAAAGAAACGAAGCGCCGCGAAUGAAAUCGAAAACAGAGUUCGCGAAAGAUACAAAAAAGAAAGAAUCGAAAACAUCGAUCAUGAAAGCGACACCGACGACGUCGCCACGACAAGGACGAGCGCUACCAGAUUCGAAUGAAGCUGGAGGAGAAGAACGAACAACGACAACGACCGGAAGAAGAGGUAGUGGAAGAGAGAAGGGCGCCCCAAGUGGUGGUCACACGGCUCUUGAACUCGGCGCGUUUGGAAAUUUGACCGAGGAAGUCGAUCAGCUUAAACGCGAUCGAAUGGUUUUGUUGAAAGAAGUCAUGCGUUUGCGAUUAGAACAAGACGACACGGCAACGCAGAUGCGCAUGAUGGAGCAAAGAGUACAACAAAAUGAACAAUUUAGCGCGCAAAUGCGUUCGCUUCUGGAAACGCUUCAGCAGAAUCCAAAGCUCGCUAUGGAGUUUGGAGAGCAAUUGAACAACGUUUCGAGAUUUGCUCCGCGAAAACGUCGACAAUCCAUUCCGUUGUUAGGAGGAGGUGAGAGGAACGAGGGAAACACGAUUAAUGGCAACUAUAACAAUAAUAAUGGAAACAGCGACCAUGAAUCGCAAAUGCUCCUCGAAACGAGCACGAAUCACGCGAAUCACUUGCGUUUGCAAGAAAUUAUAGACGAACAAGAGAGAGAACCGAGUCCCAAGAUGUUCCCGAACGGCAACUUCGCGCUCGUCCCGACACCGGACAAGGACACUGGUUUGGCGCAGUUUACGUGGCAAGAGAUCAUGGAAGCAAAUACUCCAUCGGAUACGUCCACUGAGAGCUUGCGACAAAUGGUUGAAGGCAUGUCGAAAGAGGAGGAAGUUGGUAAAGACCAACAGGCGUUCCUUUCGAGCAUCUUGGAGAGAACAAAUAGUGGUCUCUCGAGCGACAGAAUUGCUCAAGAAUUGGGCGCAGUGAACGAUAGUACGUUACCGUCGGCGCGCAGUCUCGAGAAUCAGUUGAGUCUGUCCUUUUUAGAUUCAGAGGAAAUGACAAACUUGGUGAACGACAUGAAGUUGUCCCAAAAGAAAGGCGGAGAGAAAAAGUAA